AUGGCCGAGGUGGAUGUUGCGCCGACCUUCGGCGCGGAAUUGAAGGAUGGCUUCAAACCUGCCAACGCCUGGGUAGCCAACGGCAUAGCAUGGCUCGAUGAUAUCCAGGGCUUCUACCGCGAACGCGCUGCGAUCGAGAAGGACUACGCCAAACAACUCACUGCCCUCGCCCACAAAUACUUCGAGAAGAAAGCAAAAAAGUCUGCGGGUUUGGGUGUCGGUGACACGCCAUCCAUGACACCUGGUUCCAUAGAGAGUGCUUCCGUCACGACAUGGACCACACAACUGAACACCGUCGAGAGCCGAGCCAAGGAACACGACAACUAUGCGAACGACCUCAUCACUAAAGUCGCGGAGCCAAUGAAGGUCCUUGGCACGCGGUUCGAGGAGGUGCGAAAGAAACAUGCCGAGUACGCUGACAAGCUGGAGAAAGAACGAGACUCGUCUUAUGGCGAGCUGCGCAAAGCGAAAGGCAAAUACGACUCGGUGUGUCAAGAGGUGGAGAGCAAGCGCAAGAAGUCCGAGUCGUCGUUUGACAAGGCAAAGGCACAAAGCGCGUACCAGCAACAGCUCAUCGAGAUGAACAAUGUCAAGAACUCGUACCUGAUUUCGAUCAACGUUACCAACAAGCAGAAGGAGAUGUACUACCACGAAUACCUGCCCGAGCUCAUGGACAGCUUACAAGACCUCAACGAGUUCCGGGUGCUGAAACUGAACGGGCUUUGGACAUUGGCGUCACAACUAGAAACGGGCAUGUUGCAGCAGAGCCAGGUGCUUAUCGAACACCAGACGGAGGAGAUCACUCGGAACCAGCCACACCUCGACUCAAUGAUGUAUAUUCGACACAACAUGGGCGCGUUCAAUGAGCCACCGGACAGGGUCUUCGAGCCGAGCCCCGUUUGGCACGACGAGCCCACAAUGGUCGUGGACGAAACAGCCAAGAUCUACCUGCGAAAUGUUCUGAACAAAUCCAAGGGCUCGCUGGGAGAACUCAGGCGGGAGGUAGACAAGAAGAGGAGGGAGGUCGAAGGGGCACAGAGGGCGAAGCAGAGGGUUCGUGAAGGACAAGAUAAGAGCGACGAGGUGACAGUCGUCGCAGCCAUGUUCGCACUUCAGGAGCAGCUUCAUGCUGUGGAGAGGAGAAAGGUCACCGCCGAGGUUGAGACGUCUACCAUCACUGCUGUUGUAGGAGACGUCACCCUCGGCGCCAAAAAUCACAAUUUCAAAUCCCAAACCUUCAAGAUACCAACCAACUGCGACCUCUGCGGCGAGAGGAUAUGGGGUCUGUCGGCAAAGGGCUUCGACUGCCGCGACUGCGGGUACACGUGCCACAGCAAGUGCGAGAUGAAGGUCCCCGCAGAGUGUCCAGGCGAGUCGUCAAAAGAGGAGCGCAAGAAGCUCAAGCAGCAGCGACAGGAGGCCGCGAACUCGCUCCUCAGCCCCACCGCCUCGUCCGGCGACAAGGUCGCAGAGCUACCCUCGUUGUCAAGGACGAAUACUAUGAACAGCCUGUCCUCCGGGUACGCCGCCAGCGCGCAGCGGUCCAUCACGAGCGCCAUGAGCCCCACCGAAGAGGAGACGCCGCCGGAGGUCCCUACGAGCACCAGGCCUACAUCCACGAUCGGGUCUGGGUCGGUCAAGAAGAACAGGGUCAUUGCGCCCCCGCCGGCGGCGUACAUCAGCGAGUUGCCGGGCAGCGCGCCAAAUGGGUCAGGAGCUAGUCACCAGGAAGUGAAAGCGAAGAUGCUGUUCACAUUCGAGGCGAACGGCGAAGGCGAACUUUCCGUGCAUGAAGGCAGGGACCUGAUCGUCAUGGAGCCUGACUCUGGAUCCGGCUGGGUUAAGGUCCGCGCCGGCUACAAGGAGGGACUCGUGCCAGCGACGUACAUCGAGAUCCAGCCGGCGUCGGCCAUCGCGCCGCAGCACACGGGGGCGUCGGCGCGGCCGCCCUCGACGUACAGCAACUCGGGCUCCUCGAUCGGGGGCGCGCCGGCGGUCAAGAAGAAGGGCCCCGCGGUGGCGCCCCGGCGCGGCGCCAAGAAGCUGCGCUACGUCGAGGCGCUGUACGAGUACACGGCGCAGUCCGACACCGAGCACAGCAUGGUCGAGGGCGAGCGGUUCGUCCUCAUCAAGGACGACCCCGGCGACGGCUGGGCCGAGGUCGAGAAGGGCGGCCUCACCAAGAGCGUACCUGCUAGUUAUGUCCAGGUUGUUUGA